GAGUCGUGACAUUAAGGAUCUUGCAGCCCUUCUAUUCUUUCCUUCGUGUUUCACUUUUAAUCCUAAUUACCGAUUUCAGGUUAGGUUAGCUUUAAGUUAAAGACCCAUCAACCCCCCACCCAAUAACCUAUUCUACUUUAUGCAAUUAUCGAGAACAUGUGGAGAUUAUUUGAUUCAUUAAUAUAUGUAUGACCUGCCAAAGAUCAGAUCUAGCCACAUAAUAGUUUUUAAUAUUGCUAGAGAGAGCAACUAGUUUGGCUAGUCAGUGCUUGAGUUAUAGUUGGGAAGGGAGAUUAGGGAGAAGAAGGUUCAUCUUUUCUACAUUUUUCUGCUUUUUUGGAGGAGUUUUUUUCUUAUUUGAUCCAUAACAUACCUGAAAAUAGUUAGCUCUCUGAAGUUGUAAAAUGUGUUCAACAUUUUCAGUUUCUACGAACCCUUGCAGUUAUGGAGCAAAUAAUGCCAGAUUCUUGCAUUCAAAAUCCUUUGUUACAAGAACAAGAGCUCAAGGGAUUAGAGCCCACAAAUGCUCGAGCAGUGGUGCCAUUCCUCGGCCAUUGAUCAAAGAAUUCAUUCCUCGUACUGGUCUUCGUGUGCAUGAAAUUGUCGAGAGGCAGUCGCAGGCUAACAACUUAACCAAGCAAGAUGCCUGUAGAAGGGUAGAGAUGAAUCUGACAUUACUUGAAGAAGCGUAUAAAAGAAGCAGAAACAUCUGUGCAGAAUAUGCUCGGACGUAUUAUCUAGCUUCUUUGCUGAUGACAGAGGAGCGACAGAAAGCCAUAUGGGCAAUUUAUGCUUGGGGCACUAGGAUAGAUGAAAUGGUGGAUGGCCCAAAUGCUGUCUACAUGGGCACUUCUCUUCUUGAUAGGUGGGAGGAAAGACUGCAAGACAUCUUCGACGGCCGCCCCUAUGACAUACUUGAUGCUGCACUUACUGAUACAGUUUCCAAUUUCUGUCUAGAUAUCAAGCCUUUCAAGGAGAUGAUCGAGGGUAUGAGAAUGGAUACCUGGAAAAGUCGGUAUAAGAACUUUCAAGAGCUCUACCUUUACUGCUACUAUGUUGCUGGAACAGCUGGAAUCAUGACUGUUCCAGUAAUGGGGAUUGCACCUGAAUCUUCUGUUUCUACUAAAAGCAUUUAUAAUGCAGCAAUUCAUUUUGGUAUUGCAAAUCAACUCACAAACAUUCUCAGAGAUGUGGGGGAGGAUGCAUGGAUAGGGAGAAUUUAUCUUCCACAAGAUGAGCUUGAACAAUUUGGUCUAUCCGACCAGGAUGUUUUCGCAAGAAAGGUCACUGACAAUUGGAGAGAGUUCAUGAAGGAGCAGAUUGCAAGGGCAAGAUUCUAUUACAACCUUGUAGAGCAAGGGAUCUCGCGUCUUGACAAGGCUAGCCAUUGGCCGCUAUGGUCAUCCUUGCUCUUAUACCAAAACAUCUUGGAUGCAAUUGAAGAAAAUGAUUACGAUAACCUCACAAAGCGAGCUUAUGUUGGAAAGACUAAGAAACUUAUCAUAUUGUCUCAUGCAUACAAAAAAGCUCAAUCAGUUCCAAGCUCAAUAUUUCACUAAGAUUGCGUUUGGUUGGUGUUUCAAAACCGAAGAGACAAGAUACAAAAGAGAUAGGAACGAAACCAUAAAAUAAAUUUGCCACAAGAAAAUACUCUCUCUGUCUUAACUGUUUCCAUCUCUUUUGUCUAAUCAAAGCUAUCUAAAAGAAGGUUCUUGUAGCAGUUAGCAUAGAGAAGUGAAGCGUGCUUAAAUUAUACCAAGUGAAGUUUGUGUCUGAUGCAUCACCUCUUCGAGAUGUGAAUGCUUGUUACAUGGAUUGGCAUUUGAGACUCAUUAUAAACAAGGAUUUGCAUGGAAAAGUAAA